UGAAAGGUCACGCUUCUUGGAGGCGGCCAUUUCUCUCGCUGCUCCGUGCUUCGGGCCCUGAAGUCGCUAGUGCAGUCACGAGGGACAGACGACCGCUGGGUCGGCGGCGAGUGGCCUGCAGCAUCCGCCCGUAGUCGCAAUGAGUUUACCCCUCAACCCCAAGCCUUUCCUCAAUGGAUUAACAGGAAAGCCAGUCAUGGUGAAACUUAAGUGGGGAAUGGAGUACAAGGGCUACCUGGUGUCUGUAGAUGGCUAUAUGAACAUGCAGCUUGCAAAUACAGAAGAAUACAUAGAUGGAGCAUUGUCUGGACAUCUGGGUGAAGUUUUGAUAAGGUGUAAUAAUGUCCUUUAUAUCAGAGGUGUUGAAGAAGAGGAAGAAGAUGGGGAAAUGAGAGAAUAAUGUCUUUUGGGGGACUUUUUUUUUUAUAUAUAUUUCUAGACAAUAAAAAUUUGUUUGUUUUUCA